AUUUAAUGGCGGUAAGGAUCGCUGCUGGAAAUGUUGAAAUUCAAGUUCGGACCACGCGGGGGAACUGAUUCCAUAUCUUCCGAGCCCAUUACUAGUAGGGCUGCGCGACUCAACAGCUUUUUUCAGGGAAGGUCAUCAUGUGUAGUUCAACAACAGCUGUCAGCCCUCAGCAGAGAAGGACUUCUAGAUUCCCUAUUUGUACUCUUCGAAGAAUGCAACAGCCCGGCCUUAAUGAAGAUCAAACAUGUAGCAAACUUUGUCAAAAAAUAUUGUGACACUGUAGCAGAGUUACAUGAGCUUCAGCCCAGUGUGAAGGAUUUUGAAGUGAAGAAUGUUAUUGGACGAGGCCAUUUUGCAGAUGUGCAUGUUGUCAAAGAGAAAGUGACUGGAGAAACCUUUGCUAUGAAAGUGAUGAAGAAGAAAGCACUACUGGCACAGGAACAGGUUUCAUUUUUUGAAGAAGAGCGAAGCAUAUUAAGUAAUCACACAAGUCCAUGGAUACCUACAUUACAUUAUGCAUUUCAAGAUAAGGAGCACCUUUAUCUGGUCAUGCAGUACCAGCCUGGAGGCGAUCUGCUGUCUUUAUUAAACCGUUAUGAUGAGCAGUUUGAUGAAUGUAUGGCUCAGUUUUACUUGGCAGAAUUAAUUCUGGCUACUCAUAGCAUUCAUCAGCUAGGUUAUGUACACAGAGACAUUAAACCAGAGAAUAUUCUCAUUGAUCGGACCGGUCAUGUUAAAGUUGUAGAUUUUGGCUCCGCAGCAAGAAUGACUUCAAAUAAAAUUGUGAAUGCCCACCUUCCUAUAGGUACACCAGACUACAUGGCUCCUGAAGUUCUCACAGUGAUGAACGGCGAUGGAAAAACCACUUAUGGGCCUGAAUGUGAUUGGUGGUCUGUUGGCAUCAUUGCGUAUGAAAUGUUUUAUGGAAAAACUCCAUUCACGGAGGGAACCGCAACAAAAACCUUUAAUAACAUCAUGAAUUUUCAGCGUUUCCUAAAAUUUCCAGAAGAACCAAAAAUCAGCAAAACCCUUCUAGACUUGAUCCAAAGCUUGCUAUGUCGACAAAGGGAGAGAUUGAAAUUUGAAGAUUUAUGCUGUCAUACGUUUUUUGCUAAUGUUAACUGGGACAAUAUUCGGAACACUCCUCCUCCAUUCGUUCCUACCUUAAAGUCUGACGAUGACACCUCAAAUUUUGAUGAGCCGGAGAAGAAUUUACGGGCUGUACCCUCUUCGCGCCACCUGAACGCUGCAGGUUUCUCGGGCGAAGAUUUGCCGUUCGUGGGCUUUUCGUACAUCAAGGCUCUUGGUGCAUUCACCAAAUCUGAGUCUAUUGUGUCUGGCUUGGACUCUCCAGCCAAGACGAGCUCCAUGGAGAAGAAGUUAAUUCUCAAGAGCAAAGAACUACAGGACACACAGGACAAAUGCCACAAGAUGGAGCAAGAAAUGACUCGACUACAUCGUCGAGUGUCUGAAGUGGAGGGUGUUCUCAGCCAAAAAGAAGUUGAAUUAAAAGCAUCUGAAACCCAGAGGUCUCUCCUGGAACAAGACCUGGCGACCUACAUCACAGAAUGCAGCAGUUUAAAGCGCAGCCUGGAGCAGGCCCGAAUGGAGGUUUCCCAGGAGGAUGACAAAGCUCUUCAGCUCUUACAUGACAUCCGAGAACAGAGCAGAAAGCUUCAGGAUAUUAAGGAGCAGGAAUUUCAAGCCCAGUUGGAAGAAAUGAAACUGAUGAUGCACCAGUUAGAAGAAGACCUAGCUGUUGCUCGCAGGCGUAGCGACAUGUAUGAAGCAGAGAUAAGGGAGUCUAGAGCUGCUGCAGAGGAGUUUAAACGCAAAGCAACUGAAUGUCAGCAAAAGCUGCAGAAGGCUAAAGAUCAUGGCAAAGCUGAAGUAGGGGAACUGCAUUCAAAGCUUGAAAAGAUCAAUGCUGAACAACUGACCAAGAUUCAGGAGCUGCAAGAAAAACUUUCAAAGGCAGUUAAAGCCAGUUCUGAAGCUACAGAAUUGCUCCAAAAUAUUCGCCAAGCAAAGGAGAGAGCAGAGAAAGAGUUGGAGAAACUUAGAAACAGAGAAGACUCAAAUGAUGGCAUAAAGAAGAAACUGUCUGAAGCUGAGGAGAGACGUCUUUCCUUGGAAAACCAGGUCAGGAAAUUGGAGAAUGUGGAGCGCCGGGAGAACAGGUUGAAGGAAGAUAUUCAGACUAAAUCUCAACAAAUCCAGCAGAUGGCUGAAAAAAUAAUGGAACUGGAAGAAAAGUACAGAGAAGCCCAAAUGGGAGCCCAGCAUUUAGAUGUUCAUAUGAAGGAGAAUGAGCAAGUCUAUGAAGAGAAAGUCAGAAAUCUUCAAGCACAAAUUAAGAUGGACACUGCAGAAAAGGAGUCCCUUGAACAGUUUCGUAUAAAAAAUAAAGAGGAAGUUUGUGAAAAGAAUAGAUUACUUAGUGAACAGAAGGCAAUGAUCAAAGCCUUGGAGUCAAAGAUCAAGUCAUUGGAACAAAGAUUAGCAGAACUAUCAGAAGCCAACAAAUUGGCAGCAAAUAGCAGUCUUUUUACACAAAGGAACAUGAAAGCUCAAGAGGAGAUGAUUUCAGAACUCAGGCAACAAAAAUUCUAUUUGGAGACCCAAGCUGGAAAAAUUGAGGCUCAUAAUCAGAAACUGGAAGAACAACUAGAGAGGAUUAACAACCAGGAAAAUACUGACAAGGCACGGCUUCUGGAGCUUGAGACAAGACUUCGAGAGAUUAGUCUGGAGCAUGAGGAGCAAAAGCUGGAACUGAAGAGGCAGUUGACUGAGCUGCAGCUGACAUUACAGGAAAGGGAAUCCCAGAUUGGCUCUUUACAGUCAGCACGUUCUUCUUUGGAAAGUCAGCUACACCAUGCAAAAGUUGAACUGGAGGAUACUACUGCAGAGGCUGAGGAGGAAAUCCAAGCCUUGAGGUCACACCGAGAUGAGAUUCAACGCAAGUUUGAUACUUUGCGGGACAGUUGUACAGUUCUUACAGACCUGGAAGAUCAACUCAACCGUAUGAGUGAAGAAAAUGCAGAGCUAAACGAUCAAAACUUCUUCCUGUCCAAACAGCUGACCGACGUUUCAGGGGCCACAGGGGAGAUUAUACAACUCCGAAGUGAAGUGGAUCACCUGAGACGUGAAAUUACAGAGAGGGAGAUGCAACUGACCAGUCAGAAACAGACAAUGGAAGCCCUAAAAACCACAUGUACUAUGUUGGAGGAACAAGUAAUGGAUCUAGAAGCACUGAAUGAUGAGCUGCUGGAAAAGGAACGCCAGUGGGAGAGCUGGAGAAGUUCAUUAGAGGAUGAGAAGACUCAAUUUGAAUGCAGACUUCGAGAAGUGCAAAGGUUGCUGGAUAAUGAGAAACAGGGCAGAGUACGAGCUGAUCAACGUAGUACUGAGUCUCGCCAGAUGGUGGAGCUGGCAGUCAAGGAACACAAAGCAGAAAUUUUGGCUCUGCAGCAAGCAUUGAAAGAUCAAAAACUCAAGACAGAAAGUUUGUCUGAUAAGCUAAAUGAUUUGGAGAAGAAACAUACAAUGCUGGAAAUGAAUGCGCGAAGUUUACAACAGAAAUUAGAGACUGAGCGAGAACUUAAGCAGAGGCUUCUGGAAGAGCAAGCCAAGUUACAACAGCAAAUGGAUCUUCAGAAGAAUCACAUCUUCCGUCUGACUCAAGGACUUCAGGAAGCCCUGGAUCGUGCAGACUUGCUGAAAACAGAGAGGAGUGACUUAGAAUAUCAGCUAGAAAAUAUGCAGGUUCUUUAUUCUCAUGAAAAGGUGAAGAUGGAAGGAACAAUUUCUCAGCAGACCAAACUUAUUGAUUUCUUACAAGCUAAAAUGGAUCAGCCAUCUAAGAAGAAAAAGAGUUUGUUUGGUAGACGCAGAGAUGACCCUAAUCAAACAUCCCAGAUUCCAUUGCAGUACAACGAACUAAAAGUAGCUCUGGAUAAAGAGAAGGCGCGGACUGCAGAACUCGAGGAAGUUCUCCAAAAAACAAGAAUAGAACUCCGAUCGGCCAGGGAGGAAGCUGCACAUCUCAAGGUGGUUGAGCAUCCAGUUCCAUCUACACCUGGUACAGCAAGGCAGCAGAUUAUCAUGUCUGCUUUAGUGAGAUCUCCAGAGCAUCAACCAAACGCUGCCAGUUUGCUAGCUCCUCCGUCCAACAGGAGGAAAGAAUCUUCUGCGCCUGAAGAGUUUAGCCGUCGCCUUAAGGAACGAAUGCACCAUAAUAUUCCUCACAGGUUUAAUCUUGGGCUCACUAUGCGAGCAGCCAAAUGUUCUGUGUGUUUAGACACCGUGCACUUUGGGCGGCAAGGUGCAAAAUGUGUAGAAUGUCAGGUCAUGUGUCACCCAAAGUGUUCCUCCUGCCUCCCAGCUACGUGUGGCCUCCCUGCAGAAUAUGCUUCACAUUUCAACGAGGCCUUCUGCAGAGAAAAAAUGAACUCUCCAGGGAUGCAGAUGAAGGAUGUGAACGGUUCUGUACGACUGGAAGGCUGGAUGAAGAUCCCAAGAAAUAAUAAACGUGGACAGCAAGGCUGGGACAGAAAAUAUGUAGUACUAGAAGGAACAAAAAUGUUAUUAUAUGAUUCUGAAGUGAAAGAAGGAGGCCAGAGACCAUCUGAGGAGUUUGAACUUUGUCUUCCCGAUGGUGAUGUCACGGUUCAUGGAGCUGUAGGGUCUACAGAGCUUGUAAAUACUGCCAAAUCAGAUGUGCCAUAUGUAAUGAAGGUAGAGUCUCAUCCACACACCACGUGCUGGCCUGGACGCACACUAUAUUUGUUAGCACCCAGUUUUCCUGAUAAGCAACGUUGGGUAAAUGCCUUGGAGUCUGUGGUAGCUGGUGGCAGAGUGUCCAGGGAAAAGGCAGAAGCUGAUGCGAAACUGCUUGGAAAUUCCCUUUUGAAACUGGAAGGAGAAGACCGUCUGGACAUAAACUGCACUAUUCCUCUCACAGAGCAGAUUGUUCUAGUUGGCGCAGAAGAGGGCUUGUAUGCUCUAAAUGUGCUGAAGAAUUCUCUCACUCAUGUCCCUGGAGUUGGGGCCGUGUUUCAGGUUCAUAUUGUUAAAGAGCUGGAAAAACUCCUACUAAUAGCAGGAGAAGAACGUGCUUUGUGUCUGAUCGAUGUGAAGAAAGUAAAGCAGUCCUUGGCUCAAGCACAUCUGCCAGCUCAACCUGAGAUAUCACUCACAGUAUUUGAGGCUGUUAAAGGAUGCCAUCUAUUUGCUGCAGGAAAGAUUGAGAAUGGUUUGUGCAUUUGUGCAGCCAUGGUAAAUAAAGUUGUCAUACUGAGGUAUAAUGAAAGCCUUAACAAGUUCUGCAUAAGAAAGGAAAUUGAAACAUCUGAACCAUGCAGCUGUAUUUAUUUUACCGGCUACAGCAUCAUCAUUGGAACCAAUAAAUUCUAUGAGAUAGAAAUGAAGCAAUACACUCUUGAGGAAUUCCUAGAUAAAAAUGACCACUCUUUGGCUUCAGCUGUGUUUGCUUCUUCAUCCAAUAGUUUCCCCAUUGCUAUAAUGCAGGUGAACAGCACAGGUCAGAGGGAAGAAUACCUCCUCUGUUUCCAUGAGUUUGGUGUUUUCGUUGACUCUUAUGGAAGGCGAAGCCGUACCGAUGAUCUGAAAUGGAGUCGGUUGCCUCUUGCAUUCGCUUACAGAGAACCAUACUUAUUUGUUACACACUUUAACUCCUUGGAAGUUAUUGAGAUUCAGGGGCGUGCUGCUCUAGGUGCUCCAGCCAGGGCGCAUUUGGAUAUUCCCAAUCCACGAUAUCUGGGGCCAGCAAUCUCCUCUGGUGCCAUCUACCUGGCAUCUGUUUACCAAGACAAGCUGAGAGUAAUCUGCUGCAAGGGCAACCUGGUAAAAGACAAUGCAAAUGAUCUUCAUCGUGCACCAUCAACAACAAGGAGUCCAAACAAGAGAGGUCCACCUUCGUAUAAUGACCACAUAACAAAAAGAGUAGCAUCUAGUCCUGUGCCAGGUGAGGUCCAAGGACUAGUGCGGGAGCCUAGUACACCACACCGUUUUCGAGAAGGAAGGACAGAAAUGCGCAGGGACAAGUCUCCUGGGAGGCCUUUGGAAAGGGAGAAGUCUCCUGGACGACUUCUGAGCACCAGAAGAGAAAGGUCACCUGGACGAAUGUUUGAUGACAGUGGUAGAGGCCGAGUACCUACAGGGGGAGUGAGAACUCCACUUUCACAAGUCAAUAAGGUUUGGGACCAGUCUUCAGUAUAACUAUAAAGGACCCUGUGUCUACAAACAACUGGAGGCAACUUGGAGGAAUGUUUUAAUGUCUGAUUUAUACAGGCAGAUGCUUUUUAUAUCAAGAUUGUAGCGGACCACCGUGACAACUUUUUUUGUGCUAUGUUCCGAUCACAAGCCAACCUUCAACUCUGUGUUUCAUAUUCCAGAUUGCAUCUUCUGUAAUAUUUUACACUGUUUCUCUUGAUUUUCAUAUUAUGAGGAUUUUUUUUUUUUUUUACUCUGUUACAGUAAUAGGUCAAUAGCACCUCUAAAAGGGCAUACAAACAUUUACUAGGCUCUGGUUAUAGUUACUAAUUAUUACUAGUAUAUGGAAUAUUUUAACAAAUUCAUGAGUUUUGCUUUUACAUAAUGCUACGUUUAAUUUAUAUAGCUUUGCAUUAACUCUAGCAUCACUGGUAAAGGCACAGCUGUCCUGAGAGCUUUCACACUACCGAGCACACUACACUAUACAGAAAGUGCAAAAAGUUAUGUGACAGUUACUAUAUCCUCUCCUCUAUGCUCUGCUAAGUUUCUUCUUACUGCUUCUGCUACCUCACUUGAAGUCAAGAUUUUUGCUUUAUAAACCAUCAUGUCUAUGUGCCAGGGGUAAUCUGUUUGAAAAGGUGCUAAAUCUUUUAUAGGUUCAAUGAGUAAGAACUAAUAUUGGAUCCUCAUUUUUCAAUUGAGAAAGUUUGUAGUCCCCCAAUUCUGAUAAACAAAAAUGUGUAUAUGUGGUAAGCUGGACUAUGUACAUAUAAAUCUAUAUAAAAGUAUAUAUUUCUGUUGCUCUAUUAUGCAUAAUGCAUGAAGGAUCUGUCACCCAGGAAGUCUCAGAACAUUCCUGAUCGUAAAUGUCACAUCUAAUCUGUUUAAUUGGGGUAAUGCUAACUAACUAUGCCCAAUCCCAAUCUACUAGAGAUGUAUGUUAAGUGUCCCUUCUAAUGCUUCCUUAACUAUACAUGAGGAUUGUAUAUACUUUAUCAGAAAGUUUAUAUUCAUAAAAUUGAAUAUGUUUCUACUUUUUUAAGGUAAACUGUGCAUUUUUGAAUUUUGCCUUUUGUGAAACGUGUGGAAGGCACAAGCAGGCAGGCGCUCUGCUCCUCGAUCAUUGGUGUAUGAGCUCAAGAGGUGCUUGUUCGGUGUGGAAUGCUUGAUUUAUUAUGCUUUGCUGCUCUUUGCUAAUAUUGUAGAAAACAAAAUAAAUGCACUUGAAACCUACUUAAACAUAUGAGCUGAAGUAAAAUAUACAAGUCUGUCAAAGGACUGCUACGUAGUACAUUUAAGUAGACUC